AUGCCGCGGAUUAUGAUAAAGGGCGGGGUGUGGAGGAACACCGAGGAUGAAAUUCUCAAAGCUGCGGUUAUGAAAUAUGGCAAAAACCAGUGGUCUCGUAUUGCAUCUUUGCUACACAGGAAAUCUGCCAAACAAUGCAAAGCCCGAUGGUAUGAAUGGCUGGACCCUAGUAUUAAGAAGACAGAAUGGUCUCGUGAGGAGGAAGAGAAGCUGCUGCACUUGGCCAAGCUGAUGCCUACACAAUGGAGAACUAUUGCCCCAAUCAUAGGCCGCAGCAGCUCAGUGUCUGGAACAUUAUGAAUACUUAUUAGAUAAAGCUGCACAGAGAGAUAAUGAAGAGGAGGCCGCAGAUGACCCCAGGAAGCUUAAACCUGGAGAAAUUGACCCAAAUCCAGAAACAAAACCUGCCAGACCAGACCCGGUGGACAUGGAUGAAGACGAACUUGAGAUGUUGUCUGAAGCCAGAGCACGUCUAGCCAAUACUCAGGGUAAGAAGGCCAAGAGAAAAGCUAGAGAAAAGCAACUUGAGGAGGCAAGGCGUUUGGCGGCUCUUCAGAAGAGGCGGGAGCUGCGAGCAGCAGGGAUUGAGAUUCAGAAGAAAAGAAAGAAGAAGCGGGGUGUGGAUUACAAUGCUGAGAUCCCAUUUGAGAAGAAGCCCGCACCAGGAUUCUAUGAUACCUCAGAAGAGAACUAUGAUGCUCUGAAUGCAGACUUCAGAAAGUUGCGGCAGCAGGACCUGGAUGGGGAGCUGAGAUCUGAAAAAGAAGCACGAGAGAGGAAAAAGGACAAGCAGAACAUAAAAAGGAAGAAGGAAUCUGAUCUACCUGCUGCCAUCCUUCAGACAACUGGUGGGGUCUCUGAGCUGACAAAGAAGAGAAGCAAAUUAGUUCUGCCUUCUCCCCAGAUAUCGGACGCAGAGCUGGAGGAAGUAGUAAAGAUUGGCCAGGCCAGUGAGCUUGCCCGCCAGACAGCAGAGGAAUCUGGAAUCACAAACUCUGCAUCCAGCACCUUGCUUUCUGAAUAUAAUGUUGCCAAUAACAGCAUCGCCUUGAGGACGCCCAAAACUCCUGCCGCACAGGACCGCAUCUUGCAGGAAGCCCAGAACUUGAUGGCACUUACAAAUGUUGAUACCCCUUUAAAAGGUGGGCUUAACACGCCCCUCCACGAAAGUGAUUUCUCAGGGGUAACUCCACAGCGACAAGUGGUGCAGACCCCAAACACGGUGCUGUCCACACCAUUCAGAACACCCUCUCAGACCUCUGAGGGUUUAACCCCUCGUGGUGGCAUGACUCCAAAGCCAGUUAUCGGUGCCACACCAGGUAGAACACCACUGCGAGACAAGCUGAACAUAAAUCCAGAGGACGGAUCGGUAGAUUAUAAUGACCCAGCUUACAUAAAGCAAUUGGAAAGAGAAUCGCGAGAACAUCUACGCCUGGGUUUAAUGUCUCUGCCAACCCCAAAAAAUGACUUUGAGAUUGUCCUGCCAGAAAAUGCUGAGAAGGAACUAGAAGAGCGCGACAAUGAAGAGACAUUUGUAGAAGAUGCAGCAGAUGUAGAGUCUCGCAAACAGGCAAUUAGAGAUGCACAGCGGGCAAAAGAGUUAAAACAACGGCACCGAGCAGUACAGAGGGAUUUGCCCAGACCAUCAGAGGUAAAUGAAACUAUACUGAGACCUUUUAAUGUAGAGCCACCACUGACGGAUCUGCAGAAAGCUGAAGAGAUGAUCAAAAAGGAAAUAAUCACAAUGCUUCAUUAUGACUCUCUCCACAAUCCGUACGGUGACAAUGCAGCAAACAGGAAAGGGAAGAUGCCCAGCUCUGUUACCACCAAUGCUGAGCAUGUGACCUACUUGGAACAGAGCCCAUAUGAAAAACUAACUCAAGAAGAGCAAAAAUACGCAGAGGAUCUGCUAAAGCAAGAGAUGGAGGUAGUCAAGCAAGGUAUGGGUCAUGGAGACCUCUCUCUGGAUGCCUUCAAUCAGGUGUGGGAGGAAUGUUAUAGCCAGGUGCUGUAUCUGCCUGGACAAGGGCGUUACACCCGAGCCAACCUGGCAAGCAAGAAGGACAGGAUAGAGUCUCUGGAGAAAAAGCUAGAGAUUAACAGGGCUCACAUGACUGCAGAAGCCAAAAGAGCGGCUAAGAUGGAGAAGAAACUGAAAAUUUUACUUGGCGGUUAUCAGUCUCGAGCCAUGGGACUUAUAAAACAGCUCAAUGAGAUCUGGGAUCAGUACGAGCAGGCGAACUUGGAGUUUAAGACAUUCGAAGAGCUAAAGAGACACGAGGAUGUCGCUAUUCCCAGGCGGAUAGAGGUAAAUGCUUUCUAUCCAAAUUAA